AUGCCUCGGAUGCUCUCGGACGCGGCCCAGUUCCGAACCGCAGUAAAGGAGGGAUCGACAGAGAACUUUCUGCAUCGCACACACCAUGACAAUCUCGAGUCUCUGAGCAUCGGUAUCCGCGACUUCUGGGACAACGCCGACAGCGAUGUCUCGCGGGCGAAGGCGGCGCUGAAGUCCGCGCUCGGCCUGGACACGCGCAUCGCCAUCAACUGGGGCAUCGUCAUGGACGAGCUCGACGAGCUGUACGACGACCACCGCGUUCUCGCCUCGAGCAUGGCCGGAUACGCCGCAGCGUGGCUUACCGCAUUCACCGCACUAGCCGAAGCCGAGAAGGAGACCCUUGGUCGGCAGGUUGUCGACCGGGUGCUGGGGCUGGGCAAGCAUCUGAACCUCGACUUCAAGGUGCUGUGCCCCUUCGAGUCCAUUCCCGCCUUCACUCGGCAGCUCACGCAGACGUUCGAACCCGAGCUGGAGGCCCAAAACGACGAGGCACCCAAGGUGCCGACAGUCAAGGCUGCCCAGCUGCGGCCGCAGUCUGCCGCCUCCACUCCGCAAAUUGAAAUCAGGGAUCCAAUCUUCGCUGAGCACUCAGAGGAGGGCCCUGCAGAAGUGCCAUCACUGGGUGUUGCAAGUCUCCCCAGCCCCGACUCGCUCCUCCAACACCCACCAUUCUACCUCACCCUAACCCAGACAGCAACCACAGUGGAAGUCUCCAGCUCCCACUCGCCGACUCUGACUGCACUCGAGCAGUACUUACGCCGAUGGAGCUCUGCCUCUCAGUUGCCCAGCAACCUCACCCUCAAUCUGCGCCAGUGCUCCUUGAGGAAGGGACGAUUCGCCAGCCUUGCCAUCGGCAACGUCAGCCUCCCGGUCGUAGCCACUAUCGUAGAGAACUUGCUUGGGUAUGAGCUCAGGCACACAUGUGGGUCUUGGACGUUUGUUAGGACCACGGAGUUCGAGUAA